CGUUUGGAAAGAGGUUAACGAUACCGGGCUGGAGAAGGAAGGAUGUUUGCAGGGUGUAGUAUAUGAACUGACGAUUGCAAUUUUCUAAAUGGAAGAGACAAAAGAGAACUUAGCGUUUAAAGGUGUCGCUGAGAGACUGACGCUUGGCAUUACUCGAAUACUUGAGAACAUGCCUGGUGUGGUCGACGUGCGUUUCGCAGAGAGGGAGCCUGCAGAGAAGAGGAGCCUGCUGUCAUGGGAGCAGAAAAACACUUGUAUUUUGCCAGAGGACCUGCGAGAUUUCUAUCUGACUACUGACGGGUUCACACUAACCUGGAGCGUUAAAUUAGACGAUGAGUGUGUUCCCUUAGGAUGCAUGAUGAUUAACAGUGUGGCCAGGCUGUGUCCACUGCUCCAACCAGUAUCACUUUUCUCUCUACCCAAUGCCCCUUCACUGGCUGACCUGGACUGGGAGGAGAACAGCGCAGAAUGUGGGUCAGAGCAUGCUCCCGCCGUACCCCAUUUUGAUUCCCGGAGCCGCAUCUUCGAAUUGGAUUCUUGUGGUGGGAAUGGCAAGGUGUGCCUGGUCUACAAAAAGUGCACCCCAGGUGUGGUAGCCCAGCAGAGUGAAAUCUGGUUCCUUGACCGCUCACUGUGCUGGCACUUUCUGACAGCAACCUUCACCUCCUACUACCGACUGAUGAUCACCCACCUGGGUCUGCCUGAGUGGCAGUAUUCCUUUACUCCAUAUGGCCCCAGCCCCCAGGCCAAGCAGUGGGCAUCGCUGUACCAACCGCUGACCUACAGGAGUGAGCUCAGCCUGGCUGAUCCUGCUGGAGAUUCCCAUCUCAACAAGCUGGAUCCUACCAGGGCCUUUAAAGGCAAAGUCAAGGUACCCGCCCCCAAGAAGAAGCAGUCAGCACAGUGCAACUCAGGGAACACUGCCAAGAGCCAAGGCAGCACAGGAAGACAUAGCGGGACAAAGCGGUGAGAAGGUUCCUAUCCGAGGAAGACAUUUCAACCAGCUUUACUGUCUAUAUGACCAACAUGGCUUACAAAAGAGCAGUCAAAAUGAGGCUUUCUGAAGCACUGGGGCUGUCUGGCCAAUUAAACCACCAAAAGAUUCCUUACUGGCAGCCUCAUUUAACAGUGUUCACUACUGACACCUACUGGUAAACAUAACUUAAAGCAGCCAAUAAAGGAUCACUGGCUGCUGCCAUAGCACAAAAAAUACUGACCACAUUAUAGCAAAUUGAACCACUGCUGUAACCAGUAAGGACUCUUUUGGCACUACAUAAGUUUACUGUAGUUGUAUCACUGGCUUGCUGUUGUAAAUAUUUCAUUUUUGAAUGUAUUAUACAACAUUAAUAUUUAUAAUAUAUGAAAUUAUAAGAGAGGUUUGAGAAUGGGUAAAUAACACAUCUCUUUAUGUUUAUGUGACUAUAAAAUUGAAGGAAACAGGAAAAUAAUACUGAGUAGGUUUCAGUUCGACAGUAAAAGUGCUUAUACGAAUGGAUACUGGUAUUUACCAUGUGAAACAUGAAAUUAAAUGAUCACAUUAAUUUACAGGAUGAAAUUGAUCAUGAUUCACCAAAAAUUACUGUUAUUAUGAGACAAGAUACAGAGCUUCAGUAGAAAUAUGUACUGGACAGAUGUGACGGAGCUUCGGUAUUAAACAUUACAUCACUUCAGUGUAUCAAGUGUAUGCAAAUCUGUACCCAAAAAAAAAAAAAAAACCCUACUUCAUGUUACAUUAUCAAAGACUUUAAUAUACCAUCAAGCGAGGCUUCAGUAAUCUAAGUUACUCACUGGCCAAUGUGUCACUGCAGUGCCUCACUGAUACUGUGCUUCCAUGUAAACAAAAAAAAUACAGUUUAGGCCUGCUGAGCCUUUCUAUAAUUACAUCUGCCCUGAUGAUUCCACAUUAAUAGAUACAAGAUUUAAUAUGUUUGAACUCUUGAUGCCAGAAGCAUGUGGCUGAGCAGACUUGAAAAGACAUCUAGGCUGAGCUGUUGGUUUAAGUAUUUUAGAGCUUCAACAUCAAGACACAUACAUUAUAUGCUUUUUUGGCUCGAGGCUGCUGUGUGCUAUAGUGUAUGAGAGAUGAGCAUGUAUAUUAUCUUUGGUUGUGCUGCUGCACCUACCAGCUGUGAGAAGCCAACUCCUACUGUUUAUAUUUUAUUUUAGAAAAGAUAUUUAAGUGCAAUGUAUAGGGGCUGUUUAUUUUUUUCAAUCUACACUGUACUUUCUAAGCUCAUGUAAGUGGUCCCUCAUUGAUUGUUACAAUGAGUGAUACUUGCUAUAUGGUGUCUUCCAAGGUUAUAUCAGCUGCUAUUGCCUCGAUGAUAAAAACAUAAAACAGUUUAA